AUGUUGUGUGUGUGGUGGGGGGGGUGGGGGGUGGUGUAGGUGUGCCUGUGGCUAUGAUUGCCACUGAGAGAGAAAACAGUUUUUGUUCUCGUUUCAGUAACCCAUUUAAAACACAGCUUUCUUAUCUUUAAUUUCAUCACCUUUAAGACAGUCUUUCUAAACACAGGAUCAUCGAGACAGAAUGACUUAAAGUGUGCCUUUUAAUCAAUUAAUAUUCUUAUCUCCCAUGGCCCUGGAAGGAUGCUAGUUAGGUGCUGCUCUUGAAACAAUUGAAAAAUAGCCUCUGGAAUAUUUUUUUGUUCGAAAGUUUCGAUGGGGCUCCCCUGUUGAGAAAGUCAGAAUCUAUGAGUUUGUUACUUCUUUACCAUUUAGUUAACUUCCUCCUUCUCUAGUAAUGUUUUUUUUUUUUUUUUCAUUUUACAGGAAGAUAUUGUGGUGAGAAGACAACAGUUUGACUCAAUCAUAGAUGCGCUGUUAACUUUCAUUUUGUUUUUCCAAAGUAGAGUAACCGUAGUGUGAAGCUGCUAUAAAAAGAAAAUAAAUAAACAAAUAAUAACAUUUUUACACUAAAUUUAAAACUUUGAAGAGAGGUUUUGGACGAGAUGACACAAAGCUCCCCUGUAGUUACCCAGACUGCUGGCAGCAAUCAAGGAACUGACGAAAAGAAACAAGGUAUUAAGGACAAGUAUAAGAUAACUCGUUUAAUGUGCGUUUUAUUGACAAUAUUAUCCAGCACCAUCCUUCUUCUUCUUCUUCUAAUUAGUUUAAUGGCUACACAAUGUCCGCGUACUCAUCAUUUCUGCCCAGGUGAUUGGAUUGGCUUCCAAAAAAAAUGCUAUUAUUUCUCUAAAGAAGAAGGGGAUUGGAAUUCAAGUAGACAUGACUGUAUCACUCGAGGUGCAGACCUAACUAUCAUUGACACGACAAAAGAAAUGGAUUUUCUUAGGCGAUACAAAUGCACUGCUGAUCACUGGAUUGGGCUGGAGAUAACCGAAAAUCAAACACUACAAUGGGUAAAUGGAACCAUGUCUAAAAUAUGGUUUCCUGUGAGAGGAAAUGAAAAGUGUGCUUACCUCGAUCAUGUUGGUGCGGCGACAGCUAGAUGCUACACAGACAGAAAAUGGAUUUGCAGGAUGCAAAUGCACUAAAUUCAGGUUUCUAUAGUGGAAUUACAAUACAGGUACAAUGAUCUUUGUAGCUGGUUUUCUCUCCUUCUGUGUAAGUUAAUUUUCAACACUCUACUGCUUUAGCCUGAUAAUACAUCUUGAUAGUUGUUAAAAUAAUUUCCUUCAACUUAUUUUUCUACUCUUCACAUGGCCUGUACCUUUGCUUUUCUGUAACAUUUUAGAAGAAUCUUGUAAUUUCACAGGAUCUCUAGGUCAAUUUGAGAAGUGUUGUGUGUAUUUAUGGUGUUAUUUUUCUAUUUAUUUAUAUGUUUUGUAUUGUGUUGGUCUUCUUGAGUGAUCUGUAAUUUUUCUAAUGAGUCGUGAAUGUUAUUUAUUAUAUGUGCCCAUAUUGAAUGUAUCUGAUGUUUAUGUUAUUGCAAUUGUAUGAUUUUAUUACUUUUUAAAAUAGUUACUUUAUAUAUGGAAAUGUAACUGUUUUGGCUAUUCUUCUGUUCAACAUACAUUCUGAAAACGUCCAAUUUCUAACAAUUGGUGGAUUCUUUUAAAUAUUGUAAAACAGCACUUUUAUUUUUUCUUAUCUUAUAACUGUUACUUAAUUCUUGUCUAAUUAAAAUGUGUAGGACUGCCAGGACAAUAUUGACAGUGAACAUUUUUGGUGUGUUUCACAUGUUAAAGAAAAUGCUUCUAACAUUUCCACCUUACCAGUGUUUUAUCUCAGUGUUUUUUUUAAUGCACUUUUAUAAGUGAAGGCAGAUCUUUUCUCUUCCUGUUUCCUAAAAAAAAAAAAAAAAAUGUUUUUAUAGAAAGGGACUUUGAAUUUUCUCCUGUUUUUUGUUUCCUGCAUUUGUUUUGAUGUUCUUCCUUAAUCUUUCAACGUGGUUAAUGACACAAGUUUUCUAAUAUUAAAUAACUACUCUGUAUUCCUAGAUAAAAUUUAAAUCGGUCCUAAUGCUAUAUUGUAUUUAUUCCAAAUUGAUUUAUUCUGAUAUUUAUUUUUAAUAUCUCAUGUCUAAAUUCAUGAAUGUGACUGCCCUAAAAUUUUCUCUGGAUAAGCAGGGAUCAAGGUUUCAACAAAUCAACAAAGACAUGAUUGGAAGAUUGUUGCUUUACCUUUACGGUAUAAAAUUGCGAAUGAUGAAUUUAAUACAUCUAAAACAUUAUUGCCCAUAUUUUAUGCAUAUCUUAGAUUAGAUUCACAUUUGUGAUCGUCAAUGCACCACAACGCCAACCUUUGAGAGAAUCACUGGAAAAGAAUAUUUAUGAAGAAUAUGGCAUGAUGAUGAAAUCAGAAUGAAGUAGACAGUGCUAGACAUGUGCAAACUCAAGCAGAUGCAUGUUGUUUCAAUUUUUUGUUUGUUUGUUUAAAAAUGUGUUUGAAAGCACAUUUUUAAGAGCCAUGAUAGUGUGAAUAAUAACAGCAUUGCUAACUUUUUCUCAUGAGGAGUGAAACUAGCCAGGAAAGACACACUUAGCAAUAAAGAAGGCAGAGGGGGUCCUUGGACCUGGACGGGAAGAAGUGAUGUGUGGACACUAUUACAAACCUGCUUCCACACUCACUGGACAAUAAGCAAAUGCAUAAUCAAUCUCCUCUAUCCCCUGUUUUGAAGAUUUACAGAUAAGUCAUAAUACCUUUCGUGGGCUCGUGAAUUCUAUAACACAUUUUAAUCAAAUUGUUUGCUUAAAUGGAAGCUCUCCCCCACCCACCCCAAAAUUCCCAGAAUCUGCCAGACAUUACAAGAUCAAAUAUUUAUCAGUCAAUAAUCACACAACUUCUUUUCAGCUGUAGAUCAUAAUAAUUUUGUUCGGUUAUUUAAUAGUUAUUUAUACAUAUUAUGAAAAACAGUGAAUUCUAUUCCAUAUGGUAGUAGUAAUAUUUAUAAACUUUAGUCAUGUGUAGUUUUAAUAAAAUUUUAUUUCCUCUCUGUUAUGGCUUUAAUUACAUCGCCAAGUGGAAGUCCUAACCUUCAGCAUCUCAGAAUGUGACCUCAUUUAUAAAUAGAGCCAUGAAAAAUGUAAUACAAAAUGAAAUCAUUAGGAUCAGCCCAGAUCUCUCUAAGACUGGUGUCCUUAUAAGAAGGGAAAAUUUGGAUUUAGUGAUGAACACUCACAAAAGGAAGAUUAUGUGAAGACACAUGGAGAAAAAGUGGCCAUGUGACUGAAGUGAUAUAUCUAUAACACAAGGAAUGCCAAGGAUAACCAGCUACCAAGAGAAGCCAGAAGUGGCAAGAGAGGAUUCUCCUCUAGAGCAGUCUGGGAGAGCAUGGACCCUGUAGACACCUUGAUCUUGGACUUUUAGUCUCCCCAUCUAUGAGACAAUAAAAUUCUCUUGUUUUAAGCCCCGCAAUUUGUGGCACUUUGUUAUGGCAGCCCAGCAAUCUGAUACUUUGUAUUAUCAAGAUCAGCUUAUUUCCAUUUCUAUGUUCCAUCUUUUUCAGAUAUACACCUAAGCUAGGGUGUCUCUUCCUUGUUUCAGGAGCCUUCUUUAAAUUAAAGAAAAUAUGUCCUCCCAGCAUCUCAGCCUGGUCACAUUUGAUUUUAUCUACCAUUCUGCAAAAGCGGCUCUCAUCAAAUCAUGCCAAUCUGUAUUUCCAUACCCAGUGAAACUGCUUCAGUUAACAUCUCACAAGUCACCUCAAGCAGAAUGUAACAUUUCUUGUCUAUUCGUUCCUUCUUUAAAUACUGUCUUCCAAGAAUUUUUGUGACAUCAUAUUCCCCUGAUUUCUCUGCUCUUUUCAAUUUAUGUCUCUGCCAGAUUUGUUAGUCUUCCUAUAGUUUUAGGCCUUUCAUCUUCUCUCUUCUUACUCCUCCCUGGGAGGAGGGAUCCUUUAUACAUUAGGGAUCAACGUCUACUCUAAGGGAUCCUAAAUUUACAUAUUCAACAGUGAUACUUUCUUUGAGUUCCAUAUUAUCUAACCGUGGACUCCAUUUUAACAUCUGAAUUGUAUCUCUUUUCCUCAAACUUUUAUUUAAAUUCUAGUUAGUUAACAUUUAGUGUAGUAUUGGUUUCAGGAGCAGAAUUUAGUGAUUCGUCGCUUACAUACAGCACCCAGUGCUCAUCACAACAAGUGCCUUCCUUAAUACCCAUCACGUAGCCCAUUCCCCACACACCUCCCUCCAUUAGCCCUCAGUUUGUUCUCCAUUAAGAGCCUCUUAUGGUUUGCCUCUGAAUAUGUCUAUAAUUUAUCAUCUUUCCCUCAAAAUAUAGCUCUCCUCAGUCUUCCAAAUGUAAACACCAUCCAACUAAGUGUAUAAAAACAGAAACCUGGUUUUACCCUUAACAUUGGCUUUGUUCCUCAUCUACCAUUUGUAGUCAAUUUAGUAGGAAUAAAUAGAAAUACUCGGCAGGUAACCCACGAGCAGAACUGUUUGCUGGGUGUGUAUUGCUGGGGGAGGAAGGUGUGAAUCUGAGAUGAAAAUUCUUGAAGUAAAGUGAUGGUUGAAGGAGUAAAUGAAACAAGUACAUUCUCAAAACCUAAGCACAAUUUAAAAUAGUACACCUCUCUUUCAAGAAAGUUAAAUUUUUACUGUUCAUAAUAAAUCCUAUUAAUGUUUAUAUUUCAAUUCACUGCAUCUCCAAAGCUUUCAUACCAGCCCAUCAUCUGUUGCCCAACAGUCGCCUAAAUUAAUUCAUAACUGGAACACUUCUUCAUUUUCCUUUUCCCAUGUGGUAGCCGGGGUAAUGGUACUAAAUCUCGAAACUGACCUGGUUAUUCUGCUAACUCAAGCUUUUUAUUGGCUUCCAAUUGCUGUUGAAAUGAAAGUGAAAAUGUGCGACAUAUAAGACACCGCUUAUUUUCCAGCAUAUUUCACAUCCCGUUUAUCCUUUCUUGGGUCCAGUAACACUACCUUUGCAUUUUUAAAAAGCAUAACAUGCUUAUAAAUCCAAAAGUUUUUUUUUUCCUAUUGGUGUUUUAUCUGGGACUUCAUGGAAGCUUCCCUCUUCUUCUACCCAUUUCUACUCACUUAGAUCUCAGUUCAUUUGUCACACAUUUAAAGAUGUAUUAGUUAAAUUAAGGGACAACAUCAUAUCCCCCUAAGUUAAUUCCUCAUAAGUGACAUGCAACUUUUCUCCACAGUACCUAUCAAUUGUUAUUCAACCAAUAUUUAUUGAGCAUCUAUUGUGUAUCAGACAUUGCUUUAAAUAAUAGGGAUAUGAUAGGAAUCCAAAUAAGGAAAAACUCUUGCACAUAGAGCUCAAGUUGUAGAUGAGGGCUCAGAAAAUAAAGUAACAUUUUAGAAGGCACAAAGAAAAGCAAAUUGUUUGAACAAAGAAAAAAUAUAUCGUUUUAUUUGGUUAAUUAUUUUAUUAGUAUUUAUGAAUCAGACUAGAACAUAAAGGUCAGUUCAAACAUUAGAAAAAAACGGUCACUGGUAUUCUGUUGAUGCUAUUACCAUAAAACAAACAACAUUGCAAACCAGAAAAGGAUCAUGGUGAUCAAGGAUACAAAUGUCACCUCAAAGCUAACUUUUAUGACUAGGUCUGGACAAAGAAAUACCCCCAAGAUAGAGAAUACAAAUUGAACAAAACAUGAAAAUGAGAGUCCACCAAGAAACAAAUACAAAAAUGAACAGAUUGAAGUUCUUAUGAAGAAUGGGGCACUUACAAAAUCUAAAAGCACCUCCUUCCCGCCAAAGCAACAAUUGCACUCAACAAUAUCAACACUGGAAAAGACUUUAUUCAGGGUUAUUGCCAUCAGGGAGAUAGUCCAGAACUCAACCUGAGCUAAAAUCUACUGAGAAAAAGAGUAGGAUUGUGAGGAAUAAGGGAGAUGAUUCAUUUCAGAAAGACGAAAUAAAACCUGUGCUGCUUAGUUAGUAAUUUUACAACCUAUUUUCCCAGGCUUUGC